GCAUUCUCUAUGGUGCAUACAAAGAAACUGAGGCCAGAGAGACUAAUAGUCCAUCCACAGUUGGUGACAUGGCUAAGACUGAUCUAAGACUGAUCCAUGCUAUGUUACCCAGAGGUGUGGCUGAGGUCAUUCUUCCCAUAUGCUGAUCUUUUGUUGUUUAGUUUUGUUUGAUGUCGAGUCUCUUGUAUCCUGGGUUGGCAUCGAACUAAGUAUAUAGCCAGAGCUGACCUUGGACUCCGUGAUCGUCCAGCCUCUACUUCCUGGGUGCUGGCAUUGCAGACGUGAGCCACUGUGCCUGGAUCCACUUGCUAAUCUUUGAUCCUGGCACCUAAGUUGAGCAGCUCACUCUUAAUGAACAAGUGUGAAUGCUGCAGCUCAUGGACAGUGUAGUAGGGGCUUUGGCCCUCUUCCUACGGCAGUCUCUGCCAUAUAUACCCCCGUCCCCACCCCACACUGAACAUCAGCCCCAACGUGUGGAUCAGAUCCCACGCUAAUCCAAGCUCAGCCUAGUCCAUUAGGAGAUUGUUGAUUAGCAUCUUUGCCAUGGAGGCGGGGCAGAGCCACUGAUGAAGACAGGCAGGCAGGGGGCACUGGGCAAGCGAGGCAUCAGCCUAGCAGGUGCCAUGGGAAAUGAAUCCGAGGCAUUCCUUCUAUUAUUCAUUCCCAAGCUCAGGAUCAACUGGUUGGGAGCUCAGCUGGGAAAGAGAUUCCCUGUGGGCUGCCCAGGUAAUGUCCUUUGUGCUGUAUGAAAGACGGAAUGGGACUUUGACUGAGGUGAGGUGGUCAGAUGGUCCGCUUUGGGCCUUCAGAGGGGUAACAGGAUGAGAAUGUGAACAAGAUCAGUCUUUUGGCAACAAAGCAGGACCCAGUAGGUUGGGGUGGCUGUCGUGAGGGGCCCUUGUGGUGAAUGGAGACGUGGCUCUGGCCCUAACUCACCCGUCUCCCCAUCUGAGGCGAACAGAUGUGUCUGUAAUGCACUUGUGCAGAGUCCAGGGUUGGAUUUGGGCACACUGGCUGGGCUAGAGGACAUGUCUGUCAGGGACAAGCCCCCAUUCCAACAGAGAGCUUAAAGUCCCAUCUUCCUGGGCCUCCAUUGUCUUGACUUGUUCAAGGCUUUCUAAAAUAAUGGGGCACGAGAGCAGAUAUAUGCAGGAGUCCAGCAAAUAGAAGUGUCACAGCUGAUAUACCUGGACUAAGCAGUCCAUGCCCUGCUCCUUCCAUUUCUCCACCUAUCGGGCUCUGGCCUCAGUAAUCCUUGAGCCAUGCAACAGGCUGUCCCCCUGUCUGAACAGGCUACCCAUCCCCCUCCAUCCCCUCCGCAGAGGAGCCCAGAAUAGGUUUCUAUUUGAGCAGUUGCUCCAGCUGGCUGGUGGCAGGCUGGGAGGCCAGCAGGGGCGGGGCAGGCUCACUGCCCUUGCCUUCGCCCUCAGACCAGCUGCGAAGCUGCCAGCAUAGACAGCAGCAGCCCCUGCUACUGUCCCACCAUCGUACCCCAAAGAGUCCCCACUAGCAGUAUGCCCGGAGUGCCAGGGCCUGGGCCUGAGAUGGCUGCAGCCUUUGAAGAACAGUUGAGCCAGGCAUUACAAGAACUGCAGACGGUGGCUGAAGCAGGCCGGUCAGCGGUGACCCAGGCAGCCGAUGCAGCUCUGGCCACUGUAGAGCCAGUGGCUCAGGCAGCCGAAGAGCUUCGAGCAGAGACGGCAGCUCUGAGCCGGCGGCUCGAUGCACUGACCAGGCAGGUGGAGGUGCUGAGCUUACGGCUGGGUGUUCCACUUGUGCCCGACCUGGAGUCUGAGCUAGAGCCCAGCGAGCUGUUGCUGGCUGCUGCCGACCCCGAGGCCCUCUUCCAGGCAGCUGAGGAUGCUGGGACCCCCGUGGCCCACCCGCCUGCCUUUAGCACCCGCCGCAGCUCUUCUGGGGGCCCCUCUCGAAGGAGCAGUCUCAUGGAGCCAGAUCCUGCAGAGCCCCCCUCCACCACAGUGGAAGCAGCUAAUGGCGCAGAGCAGGCUCGAGUGGACAAAGGCCCAGAGGGGCGGAGUCCCCUGAGUGCAGAGGAGCUGACGGCCAUUGAGGACGAAGGAGUCCUGGACAAGAUGCUGGACCAGACUACGAACUUUGAGGAGAGGAAGCUCAUCCGGGCUGCACUGCGUGAGCUCCGACAAAGAAAGAGAGACCAGAGGGACAAGGAACGAGAACGGAGGCUACGGGAGGCACGGGCCCGGCCGGGCGAGAGCCGAAGCAAUGUGGCCACGGAGACCACCACCAGGCACAGCCAGCGGGCGGCUGAUGGCUCUACUGUCGGCACAGUUACCAAAACCGAGCGCCUCGUUCACUCCAAUGAUGGCACUCAGACGGCCCGCACCACCACAGUGGAGUCCAGUUUCAUGAGGCGCUUGGAGAAUGGCAGCAGCAGCAGCAGCACCACCACCACCACGGUCCAAACCAAGAGUUUUUCCUCUUCCUCUUCCUCGUCCUCGUCCAAAAAGAUGGGCAGUAUCUUCGACCGAGAGGACCAGACCAGCUCACGUCCUGGCAGCCUGGCAGCCCUUGAAAGACGCCAGGCAGAGAAGAAGAAAGAGUUAAUGAAGGCACAGAGUCUGCCCAAGACUUCAGCAUCCCAAGCACGCAAGGCCAUGAUUGAGAAGCUAGAGAAAGAAGGCUCUGCAGGUGGUCCUGGCACACCCCGUACAGCUGUACAGCGUUCUACCAGCUUCGGAGUCCCCAACGCCAAUAGCAUCAAGCAGAUGUUGCUGGACUGGUGCCGAGCCAAGACCCGCGGCUACGAGCACGUGGACAUCCAGAACUUCUCCUCCAGCUGGAGUGAUGGGAUGGCCUUCUGUGCCCUGGUGCACAAUUUCUUCCCUGAGGCUUUUGACUAUGGGCAGCUGAGCCCACAAAACCGACGCCAGAACUUUGAAAUGGCCUUCUCAUCCGCUGAAGCUUCCUGCUCCCACGGGAUCCCAGCUGGAGAUUCCAAAAGGAGGCUCCUGGCCCAGGCACCGUGCCCGAGUGACCUAUAUACGCCUAUAUAGGACAUCGAAAGCCCUCCACUUUGGAAUCGUUGCCCCUUCUGCACACUGCACCCAGGCACCCUCCUCCUCCGUCUCUUUCUUUCCUUCCCUUCCCUUUCUGGUUCCCUCCAGGAUUUCUCCUCCUCCUCCCCCACUCCUCUCACGCCUCCCUCACCCCCUCUCCCUGGGGCACAGCCCUCCUCUCCAACCUCGGCACCAGUGCCGUUGACCCCCCUACCCCCGCGUUCCCGCUUGCCCAAAGAGUUCUCUGCACCUGUGACUGGUUUGGCCCCCCACCCUUGUCUGCACCGCGCACCAUUAGUGAUGGGUAGUGAGCGGCACGUCCUCCACUGGGAGGGGGCAUGCGGGAGGCUGGCAGACUGCGGCACCGAGAGCAUUAACUGAACUCAUGUCUCUGUAUGUGUA